AGUUUCUUCUCGGAGAAAGGACUCCAAGCCGGAAGAGGAUGGCGGCGGCUGCUCUAAAGAGAUUUUGGUUCCGAGGCCGCGUAGAGGCGGACUACGUAGCAGUAGUGAAAGCGGGCGUCUGGGCUCGGUUGGGCGCCUGGGCCCGCGCGCUGCUCCGGGAUUACGCCGAAGCCUGUGUGGACACGGCGGCGGCGGCUCGAGCCCGGCCGGGACGCGCCGUUGUGUAUGUGGGGCUGCUGGGCGGGGGUGCGGUCUGCUGCGCCCUGGCACCGAGCGAGAGUGCCUUCGAGGAGGCGUUGCUCGACGCGUCCGGGACCCUUUUGCUGCUGGUGCCGGCCACGCGAAACCGCAGCUCGGAAACCUACGUGCAGCGGCUGCUCUGGCUGCGGGGCCGUGGCUGCCUGCGCCACGUGAACCUGGGGCUCUACUCGCUUGUGUACCAGGCGCCCUUUGACCCCCAGGCCAGUCUCUAUCAGGCCCGCUGCAGCCAUCUGCAGCCCCGUUGGACCGACUUCCCGGGCCGGAUCUUGGAUGUGGGCUUCGUGGGUCGCUGGUGGGUGCUGGAGGCCCGGAUGCGUGACUGCGACAUCAACGAUGAAGAGUUCCUUCACCUGCCAGCACAUUUACGCGUCGUCAGGCCCCACCAGCUGCGCUCAGAGACCAAUGAGCGGCUAUUCGAUGAGAAGUACAAGCCUGUCGUGCUCACUGAUGAUCAGGUGGAUCAGGCUCUAUGGGAGGAGCAGUUCUUGCAAAAGGAAAAGAAGGACAGGCUCGCCCUGAGCCAGGCCUACUUCCAGGUGCAAUCGGAGGUCCCGAGAUGAGUUCACGGCUCCCAUUUCUGGGAGACUGCCUGGAAUUGUGCAGUUGUUGUAAGUGAGCCCCACGUGCAGAAUCACUAAGAUAUCCGAAAGAGGGCGGCGCCUGUGGCUCAAAGGAGUAGGGCACCAGCCCCGUAUACCGGAGGUGGCAGGUUCAAACCCGGCCCUGGCCAAAAACUGCAAAACAAAAAAAAAGAUAUCUGAAAUAGUGUUCUUGUAGAAGGUUUUUAUUAGUUUGGGAAGCCUUUAUCUUUCUCUUUCUUCCUCGUUUGCUGGAGUUAAUUCAGAGCUUUCUUGGUUUGGGAGUUAGAACAGAAUGACCUUGUAAUGUUUAUCACAGCCAGAGCUAGUAAUAAGCGUUUUACAUAGCCUCUUAUUUUUCCCAUUGGGCCUCACAGUGCCUGUGACAUUGGUCAGGUGACUCCCAAACUCUCUUACAAUCUUUCAUAUAUUUUAAAAUUUG